UAUCAGAAGAGGAUAAGAAAUGGUUGACAAUGAUUUCCAUCAUUGGAUGCAGUUUUUCUAUAGUUGGAGCAUUUGCAACAAUUGUCAUAUACUUGUAUUUUUGGAGAUACAUUAAAUCACGAAGAUCUGUACUGAUUAUCAACCUUUGUGUGGCGUUGUCAUUUGCAUAUUUGUUGUUUCUAACAGCUGGAAACCAAACUAACAAUGAGACCGUGUGUACUGUCAUUGCGGCUCUUCUUCAGUACUUUUUCCUUGCCAUGUUUUGCAUUAUGUUGGCCCUGGGAAUCGAUCUGGCAGUGGCCAUACUUGAUGUUUUCAGUACCAGAUCUAGCUCUGCUCUUUUACUACUACUGGGCUGGGGACUACCAGCUGCUGUCGUGGGAAUCACGCUCGGAGCAACGGAACUGCAUGACAUAGGGAGUAAAACGUUGUAA